CCUUCGCUAAAUGUCCCCUGCGGGCCUCCGUAGAGCCGCUGCUGUUUUGUUGAUGUUCUCCAUCACCUGACUGACCAGAAGUUCAGCCUCCGAGUUCAGCUUUAGAUCACAAACAAACCGUCAGUAUGACUUCAACCCGUCGAGGCUGCAGCUUGGCUCCAGUCACCUGCAGGCAGUUUUCUUAUUUUUAGUCCCGCGUCCCUCCAGAGACGGGCCGAGGGCAGCUAAAGCUACGUUUGUUAGCCAGCUAGCUCCAGUUAGCAUCCAGAGCUACGGCUACAAGCUAAUAGGUUAGCUGUGUUCGCCGACGUGAAGCCAUGGAGGGGAUUCUGUACAAAUGGACGAACUACAUGACAGGCUGGCAGCCUCGCUGGUUCGUCUUGGAGAACGGAGUCAUUUCUUACUACGACAGCGAGGAUGAUGUCGGCAAAGGAAGCAAAGGAUCCAUCAAGAUGUCCGUGUGCGACAUUAAAGUUCAUCCGACAGAUCCGACCCGUCUGGAGCUGAUAAUUCCCGGUGAGCAGCAUUUCUACCUGCGAGCCGUGAACGCUGCAGAGAGGCAGAGGUGGCUGGUGGCCUUAGGGUCGUCUAAAGCCGGAACUCUGGACAGCCACAAACACAAAGGUCCAGACUGUCUGAAGACCAAGAUGUCAGAACUCCGUCUUUACUGCGACCUCCUCGUCCAGCAGGUCCAGGCCAUCCAAUCACAGCACAGCGCCGACACAGAGGCCACGCCCACCUCAGAGGCGUCGCUGCUCAGUGCGACGUGUACGACCUUCAUCAGGACUCUGGAGGAGUGCAUGACGCUGGCCAACCAGAGUUUAACCCCCGACCUCCGACCUCCUGAACGGAUAAAAAGGUCGAUCAGUCACCCUGGAACCUACAGCUUCGACAGGUCGGGCGUCCUGAAGGAGUACGUUGGUGGAGGCCAGAAGUCGACUCAACGCAGAAACCGAACGUGGUCAGACAGCUCAGUGUACGACACCGAACGUUUGCUGCCGAGCCUCAACGGCGACUCGUCCUCCAUCCCCGAGGAGAGAGGAAGCAGCCUGAAGACAACGCCCACCGACACUGACACCGACCUGUCCAUCUGAGGUCCAUCUGAGGUCCACCUGAGGUCUGUCUGAACAGAAACCUGCUGAAGAAAACACCACCAGAUCAGUCGACCUCCUGAGAAACGUCCUUCUCCUUUUUCUCAGCUGAUUGCCAAACACUGUGGAGUCAUCAAUUAUCGUUCCUUCUGGCUUUCUUUAGGUGUUUCAGUUCAAACUGUAGAGAGAAACAAAGAGACGUCAGGAGGUUCCUCUGCUGGACUUUAACAUAUUUGAUGCUUUAACCUGCUGGCAUCGGAGUACGAUGAACCGUCGUCUUCAUAUUCCAGCUGCUCACUGUGGACAGAAGCAGUGGAUAAAACCUGCAGCUGCUGUUGAAUGAUUGUACGACACUGCAGUGUGAACACAAUAAACUGUGACUUCCUGUUUUCUGGAGCUGCUUUAAACGGACACAGGAAUGUACAGAAGGUUCGUUAUCGUCUCGCGGCCAAAAAAUUAUCACGCAGCCAAAAGUUUUUGAAAUCCAGCAACUGUGACGUGAAAAAGCUUCUUUUUUCUGCCUUUUUCCACCUGAACCUUCUGCUCAUCCAGCAUUUUCUGUAUUAAUCUUCCAGUCGUGUUGAAAGCUAAAAGAGAAACUCCGUCCUUCUGGCUUCAAACCAGAUCUGAGGGUGAGACCAGGCUGAUGUAUUUUCAGGAUUCUGAGGCCAUUUUUCCCUAAAGUUUGCACAAAUUCUCCAUCUUUGAACUGCAGCAAGGUUUUGGUGUUUGUUCUUCACCUGCAAAGUCCGAUCAGAUGAACGGCGUGUCUAAUUACAGCUGCUGCCUUGUAAUGUUUGCGUUCCAGGACUGCUUCCUGCCUUCUGGUGGAAAUUACAGCCAAAAGACGCCUUUGUCAGCAGAAAACUGACCCGUCCAGAUGAAAACAGCACUUUUAGUUUGUUGUGAGAGUUUUAAAACGCUGUUAAAUCACGACUGAACAGAUUCUAGAAGGAGGGAGAAGAAACAAUGAAGAAACAGAAAAUUACACUUGUUUCUGUCUGUUUCUUUAAAACGAAUAAACUCAGCUGUGGAGUGUCAUCACAAGGUGGCGCUGUAGCCAGAAAAAACUAGUGUUGCCAACCAAUAAAAAUCCUUAAUAACGAAGAGGAAACUAACAAAACUUGAUAGAGAAAUUGAAAGAAGUUCUCGAAAAUUUUGUAUAUUUAGGAAAGUUGUAAUGUCACGUUUAAGUUGACUGGUUUGGCCAUUUUUCUGAAUGUUCAGAGACAAAAACAAUUAAUUAGUUCUUACGUCAGAACUUAAUAAAAGAUGUUUCCGUCUCCAAUUAACUAUUUUUCGAAAAAGUCAAAAAAGCACCUCAAGUAUAGGUAAAAACUUAGGUAUGGUUUUUUUUUGCGAAUUUUGUGAUUCCAAUUUUUUACUAAUGCCAUAAAUCAAACAUAAAUGCUACGAUAUCACAGCUAAUGAAACACAACUGAGUGUUUAAUUUUGCAGCUUUGCUGGUACAAGCAUUUCUAAUAAUAGGUUAAAGUUCAAAAACUUCCUCUCGCUUAAAGUGGUGUCAUCUGCAUAAAGUCGAAGAAACUGCAAAUCAGACUUGUUCCCAUCUGUCAGUAAACUUAGCUGCAUAGUGUCGUCAGAAGGUGGCGCUGUCGGCUACACAGCUAAACUAAACAAGGAGGAAGGAACGGGAAUAAAACUAGUGUUGCCAACCUUUGGAAGUCAUUAAAAACAAAGAGGAAACAAACCUAAACUUCAUAGAAAAAUUGAAGGAAGUUUUCAGGAAUUUCGUACAUUUAAGAAAGUUGAAACGUUGCGUUCAUGUCAGCUGGUUUUGGCCACUUUCCUGAAUGUUCAGAGACAAACAUCUAAUUAGUAACGUGAGUUAUAUGUUUCUUAUGUCAGAACUCAAUUGAAGAAGAUGUUUCCAUCUCCUAUUAACUCUUUUUUAAAAAGUGGAAAACCACCUCAAGUGUACGUACAAAAUUCUUGCAGAAUUCGAUACUUUUUUUCCCCCCAAAUUUUGUUGUUUCCAUUAAUUUUCACGAAUGCCAUACAUUAAAAACAAAUGCUACGUUUUCUAAGCUAGCGAUGACAGCAGCAUAACUGAGUGUUAAACUUGUUGUUAAAAGCAGUUUUAUUUCUAAUAUUCUGUGCCAAAGUCCAAAAACUUUCUCUCGCUUAAAGUGGUGUUAUCUGCAUAGAGUCGAAUUUGCCAAAUGACAUAUUACACGAGAGAAGCCACAAAAGACCAUUUUUCUAUCAAACUCUUAAACAGAUUAGUAGGUUAAUCUGAAUUAUUAAUAUUCCUCCAAAUGAAUUUUGUUCACUAAAAUAAAAACACUCCACAAGACAAAACAGGAUUCAUUUGGGAAUAAACUUGCGGUUGUUGUAAUGAUUUUACCGUCUAAGUUACGUAGAUAAUACACAUCCAGAUAAACAUGCCCAGGAAAUUUGUCUCUUUAUACUCUACAAAUUCACAUUUCUAGCUCAGUUUUCUCUGUGCAGAUGCAAAUUCUGGGCAGUUCAUGGAAAUUUAACAUCCCUCAGACCCUCAUAGACUCAGAAAUUUAAUGGAGGAAGAUUCAUUUUUGUGAUUUCAGUGAUUUUUUUUCCCCCCUACAAAUCCAAGUCAUCAGAUAUUUAAAACAGUUUCUGCUUGACCAUCUCUGAAUUGAUAAACUGGUUUGGGUAAAAUUUUAGAUUGAUUUAUGAAAUACAAAUUGCCUUCCAACCCACUUCCAACGCAUUUUUUACGCAUUGAAAAUUGAGGCUGUUUGAUCAACAACAAUAUUAUUACUACUAUUAUUAUUAUUAAACAUUAAAACCGGACAUUUUCACUGUUAUUAUCUUUGAUCCAAAUAUGAUCAAAUAUUCAUGUAAAAAAAGCUAAAAAAAAUCUCCAACAUUUUAGUUUUUUAGUUUUAUAAAAGCUCAGCAAAAAUAUCUUUUUUUCCAUUUUGUGAUUUCAUAUUAAUCAUAUUUGGUUAAAGGUUUGGUGUUAUUGAGGCAUUUAACUACAGGUGGUUCAGAAAAUAUCACUAGUCGACUUCUGUGUUAUCAAUAUUUUUAUUAAUCAACUCAAAGGUGGGACUUUUCAUGAUAGCUCACAGUUUUUCCCAUAUUUUUACUCCCCAAUAAUCAGAGAUUAUUUGAUCUACUUACAGAUUCUGAAUCAAUGAUAUGAUGAGAAAUAACAGAGAAAAUUUCAGGUUUUUAUCUUUAAUAGUUCCUCCGAUAGUUUUGCUCAAACAGAAUUAAAUUUAAAGCUUCACCAGUAAUUUUUACAUCCAAUUAUCUUCCAAAGUGUUUGAUAUAUGAAGCUAAAAUUUCACAGAUACCAUUUAAAAUAUUCACAGUUUAUGGCUACAUUUAAUUCAGUUUUCACCCUUGAAUGCAUCCCAGAAUAUUCAAUUAGGGCACUUUCUCUCCUUCUUAAACAUCAGCUUUGUCCAAAAUACACAUUUUAAGCUACAGUACGUUUGUAUUUAUUGCAGACAGAACCUUUCCAUGAACGUAGAGUUUGUAGAUGUUGUUUUUUGCACUUUAAACUUAGACAUGGAUUAUGUUGUUGAAGGUACUUUGUCGGACAGUGGUGAUGAUUGUGGAUUUUACAGAGCGUUGUGGAGCUGCAGCAGCCUUACAUGUACCACUACGUAAACGUAUAACGCCUUCUUUUAUCGUGUUACUUCUGCCAAAACGUGUUCUCGCUGUCGUCCACUUUCGUUUUCACCAAAUGCUGUGAAGAAAAGUUUCUCUGACGGCCUCCGAUGUUCAGAAACGAGACGCUUGUCGGCUUCACGUUCUGUCGCUGAGCUGUGAGUUUAUUUUCAGCUGCAUGACCGUUUAUAUUUUCUACGCUUUAGCCUCCGUCUUCCUGCUGCCAAUCGGAUUCAUUGAUCUGCGAAUUAACCAUAGAAUGAAUUUUGUUGCAGGAGUUUUUAAUGCAGCUAGAAAAGAUCACAGUACAUUGAUUUAUUCGGCUAAAUUUCACAUUUUUCUGCAACUUUUAGAGAAAAUCUACACUUUAUUUUGCAUUUGUGAAUGUUUUCUUUUUGACAUUUUAGCUCCUUUCAUUGUGAUUUUGACUCCACAGCGGCUUUAGAUUACUCUCUGACAAACUGACAUUUUGGGAAACGACUUUGUUUUGAAUUAGGUUAAAUUUCUCCAGUAAAUAAUCUGAAUAUUUAUGGUGCUGUUUAACCCUCUGAACCCCAAAACUGUCAGUGAUUUUGAAAGGCAGGUUGUCUUUAGAAAAAAAAAAAACAACCACCAAAACAACACCAUUUAUCAGAGCUAAAAACUAACUCAGCUGUGACAAACUGCAGGCAGUGUUUCAAUUUACAAUGAGCCCACAGUGAGCAAAAAACAUCCAGAAACUGCUUGAAGUUCAGAGGGUUACACAUACAGAAAAUAAAAUGUUAAUUAGUGAAUUUUAAAGCUGCUGUUUGCCUGGUUUUGGUACUUUAAAUUGAGCCAGGCUAGCAGUUUCCCUUUGCUUCUAGUGAUUAUGCUAAGCUAAGCUAAUCACCGCAGAGAAAGUAAAAAAGCUGCUUUCCCAGAAUGUCAAAGUGUCCUUUAAGGUUUCCUUUGCUCUGAUUUGUGUUUAGAGAAGCGAUGGAGGGAAAAUAACUGAAUUAAACUGCUGAUUUCUUCAUCGUAGGUGUUUUUUUUCAUUCUUUGUGGCCGAACCAGCAGAGAUUUUCAUGCCUUAAGUGUCUGUACGAAGUGACGUGUGGUUGUAUCAGAUCAGAUUUUCAUCGUCUAAAUAAAAAUAUAUUUGAAGUGAA